UCCAUUGUAUGUAUGAGUGUAUACAAUAUUUUCAUGCUAUUCUCUUCAGGAUAAGCAACAUAAUACAAAAUGCAGAAAAGCCCAAAAAAAAUUAAAGGCAGAAAAGCAAAGACGUAGAAAUCUAAGUAAGCUGAUCUUACCCCAACACCAUGCAUUAUAUUUUUUAUAUCCACUAUAUAUCAUAUCAAAACAUGUGCCUGGAAUCAGUAGCUGAUGAAUUUCCUAUCUGUGAUACCUUUGUUACUCUUUUUCUUUAAAUUAGGUAUUAAAAAUAAUAUGAAAGGAGAAACUGAUAAAGAAGAUGAAGCGCUAGACUGCUCUGUGAUUUCAAGACCUGAAAAAAAUUCACUGGAUGGUUUAAUAACUUGCCUACAAGACAUCAACAAGCGAAAACGAACCUCAUUUUGCUUUGAUGGUUCAGGGAACCACAAAGAAAUUCUGCCAAGUGUGAAAAAAAGAGGCAUUACCCAAGAGGAUCAGACCUCAAACUUGAGAUGCAGAGAUGGAUUGCCUACUCAGGAAGAUGUUGAGCAGCCAAGCAAGAGCAAAAAUUCCAGUCUAACAUGGAUUUGUGAAGAAACAUUGAAUAACACAGUUAUGCCUUCAUAUAAGAAACCUCUUUAUGGGAUCUCUCACAAAAUUACAGAGAAGAAGACUUUGCCAGGAACAGAACAGUUUACCACCUUUGAGUUAUUUGAAAAGAUUAAUCCUAGCAGUCCCUCCAAUCUUAGGACUUUGAAUGACCAGCGGAAAAGAGAAACAAGCAAUAUUACUGCCGAAUCUGAUUCAAAUAUCUAUUCUUUAAUACAAAAAAUGUUUUAUACACUGAAUACAUUAAAUUCUAACAUGACUCAACUGCAUAGCAAAGUAGAUCUGCUAUCGCUAGAAGUCAGUAGAAUUAAGAAACAGGUCAGUCCAAUAGAUGCUGUUGCAGAAUUCAAGCCACCUCCUGAGUAUCAGCUGACUGCCUCAGAACUCAAACAGAUUAUGGAUCAAAGUACAUCAGGUGGUGAUCUGGCCUGCCGAUUACUUGUACAACUUUUUCCAGAACUCUUUAGUGAGGAUGAAUUAAGUAAGGCCUGCACCACGUGUGGUUAUCUUAACAAAAAGAAACUUGAAUCACUUCAUCUGCAACUCAUCCGAAACUAUGUGGAAGUCUGUUAUCCAUCUGUGAAAAAUCCCGCUGUUUGGCAAGCAGAAUGUUUGCCUCAGGUCAAUGACUUUUUCAAUAGUUUUUGGGCUCAGAGAGAUAUGGAAAAUGGUCAGUCAGAUAUACAGUCCUCCAGUUUUUAUGAGUCUGAUCAUAUUAAUGAUAAGGAUGAUGAAGAAGUUCUACCGAUUGAUAGAAAUACUUCUGUUGCCUCAGAAUGGGUAUUUGAUGCCCAGGAUAUAAAUGAAUUUUUAGAUGAAGCAUCUUCUCCUGGAGAAUUUUGUGUAUUUUUGCUACACAGAUUGUUUCCGGAACUCUUUGAUCACAGAAAAUUGGCUGAAAGAUACAGCUGUUACGGAGAGUGUGGAAAACAAGAACUUGAUCCUCAGCGACUUCAGGUAAUCCGCAGAUACACAGAGAUCUACUUUCCUGCUAUGCAGGAGAGAAAGGCUUGGUUACAGCAUUGUGUUCAGCGAAUAAAUGAUGAACUUGAAAGCAUGUAUAUGGAUGACAGUGAGAAUGAACAGAUAAGAGAUGAUUGCUAUGAUUCUUCAAGUUUGCCUGAUGAUGUGUCAGUUAUAAAAGUAGAAGAUAAUUGUGACUAUGAAAGACCAGGUAGAAGAUCAAAAAAGAUUUGGCUUGUGCCCAUAGACUUUGAUAAACUUGAUAUCCCUUCCCCUGAUUUUGAUGUUCCUGUCUCAGAUUAUCUGUUAAGUAAGGAGCAGCUUAAGAAUAUAUAUGAAAGUAGCUUAUCUAUAGGUAAUUUUGCUUCUCGAUUGCUAGUUCACUUAUUUCCUGAAUUGUUUACUCCUGAAAACUUAAGGAAGCAAUACAAUUGCAGUGGCUCACUAGGCAAGAAACAACUUGAUCCUGUUAGAAUUAAAUUGAUUCGACACUAUGUGCAAAUGCUGUAUCCAAGAGCAAAGAAUGAUAGAGUAUGGACACUGGAAUUUGUUGGGAAACUGGAUGAAAGAUGCCGUCGGAGAGAUACUGAACAGAGACGCACCUACCAAUUGCAGCGAAAAGUCCAUGUACCGGGACCCGAGAGGAGAGAAUUCCUGACCUAUGCAAUAAACCCAGAACGAUUUAAAGAGGAAUUUGAAGGACCACCAUUGCCUCCAGAAAGAAGCAACAAAGAUUUUUGCAAGAUACCACUUGAGGAACUUAUUGUUCCUCCACCAGACUUUUCUGUGCCUUCUCUAUAUUUGCUGUCUGAUAAAGAGGUAAGAGAGAUAGUACAACAAAGUCUUUCAGUUGGUAACUUUGCUGCCAGACUCUUAGUAAGACUUUUUCCAGAGCUUUUUACUUCAGAUAACCUCAGACUGCAAUACAACCAUUCAGGGGCUUGUAACAAAAAGCAGCUUGAUCCUGUCAGACUGAGACUCAUCCGCCAUUAUGUUGAAGCUGUUUAUCCUGUUGAAAAGAUGGAUGAAGUUUGGCAUUAUGAAUGUAUACCUAGCAUUGAUGAAAGAUGCAGACGUCCAAAUAGAAAAAAGUGUGACAUAUUGAAAAAAGCCAAGAAAGCAAAAAAGUGAUCUUUUAAGUUUCCAAAGAUGGUAACUUCAGUUAUUUUGAAGUAGCUUGAGAGGUCAAUUGGUUUAGCACUAGGGCAACUACAAUACAUCUUUUCUUUCAUAUGUGUUUACACAUACAGGAAAUGGGUAAGAAGUAGGAAGUGAUAAUCGAAUGAAAGUCUCUCUUAAGAGCCCUACUGAAACAAAUGCAUAUGGCGGAAAAAGAUAUUUUAUAACUCCACUUUAGUAUGCCUUUAUGUAGCUUAGAAUUCUUGCUGUUUUUUCAGUUACCACCUACCUAAACUGGAUCACAAGGAACUACAAAUUAUUAAGAGUUGAUCUAAUAAUAUAUCCUCUAAAUAUAAUAUUCAUCAGUGGAAAUAAAUUAGUGUUUAAUUUUUAAUUAUUUUUAAAUAGUAAUUAACUUCUUUUAAGAGUUUUCAACAGGGACCUUUAAUCUAUCAUUUGGAAAUUAAUUUUUAAAUAUUUCAAAACUCCAAUUUUAAAAUGUUAUACCUCUUUAAGAAAGAAUGGAAAAUCACAACAGUUUCUAUGCUUAUGAAUACUCCUUGUAUCAAGUUUGAAUAUUAGGAAAGGAAAAAUUACAAAAUCAAGUUAUCACUUUUUAAAAAUAAUUUUUCAUUUUGUAGUUGAUUUGGUGUAAAAAUUAAAAUUAUAAUCAUGGGGUUAUUUAAUGAGUGUUUAUGUUAAAACUGUA